AUGGGCAGAGGAAGGAAUAAUGGGAUCAUCUGUUUUUUCCUCAUGCUGUUUGUUUCCGACCGGGCUGCCGCUCAGAUUUCCUUCUCUGUGGCUGAGGAGGCGGACAAAGGAGCCGUGGUGGGAAACCUCGCCAAGGAAUUAAACGUGAACAAUCGAGACCUGCAAACGAGGAAUCUAAAUAUUGUGUCGGGGUACAGUAAGAAGUAUUUCGAUGUGAAUUUUAAAACGGGAGAGCUUUAUGUGAACGAGAGAAUAGAUCGCGAGGAGCUGUGUCCAAACGCGAUUAAAUGCACGUUAAACCUGGAGGCCAUUCUGACUGAUCCCGUGGUGCACCGACGCAUAGAGGUGCUGGUUCUUGAUGUAAAUGACAACGCACCUCUUUUUAUUGAAAAAUCCGUUUCGCUCAACAUUUCUGAAUCUACUCCGACGGGCGAGCGGUUCUUGCUUCCUUUAGCUGUGGAUGCAGACGCAGGCAGCCAUUCUGUGAAGACGUACAAGCUGAGUCAGAAUGAAUAUUUCUCCCUGGAUGUGCAGAGCGGUGGAGAACACAGCGUAUCCGCUGAAUUAGUGUUGCUUAAAGCUUUGGAUCGGGAGAGGCAAGCUGCUAUUAAGCUAACACUGACCGCUGCAGAUGGGGGCAAACCUCCUAACACCGGAACGGUUCAGAUCAAUGUUAUUGUUCUGGAUAUUAAUGAUAACACGCCAUCUUUUAGUAAAACACUUUAUAAAGCUCGAGUUAAUGAAAACGCUCCAGCUGGAUUAUUAAUUAUUCAGCUUAAUGCCACAGAUUUAGAUGAAGGUGACAACGGGAAGGUGGCUUAUUAUUUUGUAAAACGCGCAAAUUUUAAUCCUGCCGAUGUUUUUUCAAUAAAUGCAGAAACGGGUGAGAUCACUGUUAAAGGCAAAUUGGAUUUUGAAGCACAGCCAGCGUAUGAAAUUCACGUUCAAGCUAUAGAUAAAGGUUCGUCACCUCUAAGAGCAAAUGGGAAGCUUUUGAUAGAAGUAGUGGAUGUGAACGACAAUAAGCCAGAAAUUGUUGUGACGUCACUCAUGAACCCUGUCAGAGAGGAUGCUGAGAUAGGAAGCGUUGUCGCUUUAGUGACAGUGACUGACAAAGACGGGGGUAAAAACGCUAAAGAUGAGGGUAAUCCGUCUCUGUCCAGCACAAGUGUUUUUAACGUAGAAGUUGCUGACGUCAAUGACAACCCGCCUCGUUUUGUUGAACCUGUCAUUAAUAUUUAUGUGAAAGAAAACAGUCCUGUUGGAGAAAAGAUCCAUACUGUAACUGCAGUCGAUCCAGAUAUAGAGGAAAACGCAAAAACUCCUCCUUUUUGUAAUCACGCGAUGGGUGGCGGUGGACCAAGAGGCACACUUUGGAUCCAAAUCCCGGUUCUGCUUUUUUUCUGCGGCUCGUCGGUCGCGCAGCUUUCCUUCUCCGUGUCGGAGGAGGUUGACAAAGGAACGGUGGUGGCUAACCUCGCUAAGGAUUUACAAAUCAGCACUUCCGAACUGGAAACACGGGAUUUACGAAUCGUCUCUGGGGAUACUAAGAAUUAUUUUGACGUGGAUUUAAAAACUGGUUCUCUGUUUGUUUGUGAUCGGAUUGAUCGUGAAGAGCUCUGUCCAAACACGGUAAAAUGUUCCCUGAAAAUAGAAGCCAUACUGAGCAGCCCGAUGCAUCUGCAUCGCAUAGAGGUCCACAUUAUUGACAUUAAUGACAAUGCACCAUCCUUCCGUGAAAAGGAUUUUUUUCUGAAUAUUUCAGAAUCUUCUUUCACGGGGGAGAGGUAUUUACUCCCGAUGGCAAAUGAUGCAGACACAGGAAGUAAUGCAGUGAAAAGCUACAAGCUGAGUCCAAAUGAGUAUUUCUCUCUGGAUGUGCAGAGCGGUGGACAGCACAGUGAGUCUGCAGAGCUUGUGCUGCAAAAAGCAUUAGAUAGGGAGAAAAAAUAUGUUAUUCAUCUGACUUUAACCGCUUUUGAUGGAGGUAAACCUCCACGAUCAGGAACUUUAAAUAUUAUUGUUCAAGUUACAGACGUAAACGACAAUAUGCCACAGUUUACGCAGACUCUGUAUAAAGCUCAGGUCCCUGAAAAUGCACCACUUCAGACCCCCAUUCUGACUGUAAGUGCUACAGAUUUAGAUGAGGGAAUAAACAGUGAAAUAGUGUAUUCAUUUAUUGAAAGAGGAAACUUUAAUCCUGGAGUUUUGUUCUCAUUAAACCCAGACACAGGAGAAAUAAUUGUGAUUGGAAAAGUUGACUAUGAAGAAAAUGCAGCUUAUGAUAUUCGAAUACAGGCAAAAGAUAAAGGCACGCCUUCUAGAAGCGUGCAUGGUAAGCUGCUAGUAGAAGUCAUUGAUGUUAAUGACAACAAACCAGAAAUCCUGGUUACAUCUCUAAUGAGUCCAGUUAAGGAGGAUGCUGAGGUCGGCACAGUUGUUGCUCUGGUGACUAUUACUGAUAAAGAUGGUGGACACAAUGGUGUCACUAAUGCUAAAAUUGCUGGGUUGGUCCCCUUUAAGCUUAAACUGAAUUAUAAAAAUUACUACUCCUUAACAGUUGAUGGUCCUCUUGAUAGAGAGAAAAUGGCUCACUAUAACGUGACCAUCGUGGCUACUGAUGAAGGUGAUCCACCUCUGUCAAGUGCCACUGUUAUCCCUGUUCACAUUUCUGAUGUGAAUGAUAAUGCUCCUCUAUUCUCAGAGCCUGUAAUACAUGUGUAUGUGGAGGAGAAAAGUGGAGCUGGGACCACAAUUGGACAUGUAAAUGCAAAAGAUCCUGAUACAGCAGAAAAUGCCAAAGUCACAUAUUCACUUUCAGGUAACUUUUCAAAACAUAUCCCAAUAAAUUCAGUUUUAAACAUUAACUCCGAAACUGGUGACAUAAUCAGUUUGCAGGCUUUUAAUUAUGAGGAGCUAAAAACAUUUCAGUUUAAAGUUCAGGCCACAGACUCUGGUGUUCCUCCGCUCAGCAGCAAUGUGACUGUAAAUGUUUUAAUCCUGGAUGAGAAUGACAACAGUCCCACUAUUCUGGCUCCUUAUUCUGAGCUCGGUUCUGUUAACAGUGAGACCAUCCCUUAUUCUGCUGAGGCGGGAUACUUUGUAACAAAGAUCAGGGCUGUGGACGCAGAUUCUGGAUACAAUGCGCUGCUUUCUUAUCACRUGUCUGAGCCCAAAGGAAACAACCUGUUCAGGAUCGGAACCAGCACCGGMGAGAUCAGGACUAAGAGGAGAAUGAGCGACAACGACCUGAAAACUCACCCCUUGGUGGUGCUGGUUUCUGAUAACGGAGAACCUUCUCUGUCAGCUACUGUGUCUGUUGAUGUGGUGGUGGUUGAAAGCUCAGCUGACAUCCAGACUCCGUUCAGACACGUGCCUAUAAAGGAGGACAGCUUCUCUGAUCUCAACCUGUAUCUGCUGAUCGCCAURGUGUCGGUGURGGUGAUCUUUCUGCUGAGUCUCAUCAGUUUAAUAGCUGUCAGAUGCCACAGGACAGARGGCUCUUUCAGCAGGUACAGCBCCCCAAUGAUCACCACCCACCCUGACGGGAGCUGGUCUUACUCUAAAGCUACCCAGCAGUAUGACGUGUGUUUCAGCUCAGACACACUGAAGAGUGAUGUAGUGGUUUUCCCCGCCCCGUUUCCACCUGUAGAUGCUGAACUCAUCAGCGUCGCGGAGGCACAGAUUGUAUAUUCUGUCACUGAGGAAGCGAGCCCGGGUGCGACUCUCGGGAAUGUGGCGAAAGAUUUCCACCUAGAUGUUCACGAACUGGAGAGCAGAGAUUUUAAAGUUUCAGGACCCAAUAAGAGGUAUUUUGAAGUGGACGUGAAGACCGGAUUGCUUCACGUGAAAGACAGAAUAGACAGAGAGGAGCUCUGCGCUCGGAAUACAAAGUGCUCGCUGGAAGUGGAAGCCAUUAUUAACGCGCCCCUCAACCUCUUUCGUUUCGAGGUGAAAAUCCUGGAUGUUAACGACAACGCACCUUCCUUUCGGAUCCCGGAGAUAGUUCUGAACGUGUCGGAGUCGGCUUCUCCCGGUGAAAAAUUCGCUCUGCCGAAGGCGUUUGACGCAGACGUCGGCGGCUACUCGGUGAAGUCUUACAAGCUGAGCCAGAAUGAGCACUUCACGCUAGAUGUACAGAAUAACGGAGAGCCGAGCAUGUCUGCAGAGCUGGCUCUGCAUAAACCUUUAGACCGGGAGAAGCAGCCGUUUAUAAAAUUAACUCUGACCGCUAUAGAUGGAGGAAAACCUCCCAAAUCAGGCACGCUGCUUAUUACCAUUAAUGUCCAGGACGUUAAUGAUAAUAUCCCAGUAUUUGAUAAACCUCUCUAUAAAACCACUGUGCUUGAAAACACACCGCCGGGUGCAGCUGUGAUUUCUGUGCACGCUCGCGACUUAGAUGAAGGUCUGAACGGAGAGAUACAGUAUUCUUUUAUCAACCAGGAUGACGACAACAACGUGGAUAAAUUUGAAAUUAACGCUUUAACGGGGGAGAUUACAGUAAAAGGUGGUCUGGACCACGAAAAAAACAACGCGAUUGAGUUACGGGUCCAGGCUAAAGARAAAGGGACAAGUUCAAGAGCAUCACAUUGUAAAGUGCUUGUUGAAAUAAUAGAUGUUAAUGACAAUCCUCCGGAAAUAUCAGUGACUUCAUUAGUCAACGUGGUGAGGGAGGAUGCGCCUGUCGACACGAUGGUGGGACUUAUAACGGUGAGAGAUCACGACGCAGACAAAAACGGUGCUGUGCAAGUGAAAAUUGCUGAUUCAGUUCCGUUUAAAAUUAAAAACACGUAUAAAAAUCAUUAUUCUUUAGUAGUAGAUGGAGCGCUAGACAGAGAACGAGCUUCUCAAUAUAACAUAACGAUAACUGCGACGGAUGAAGGGCUGCCGCCUCUUUUCAGCACCAGCGUGAUUACAGUUCAUGUUGCUGACGUGAAUGACAACCCGCCACGUUUUAAAGAACCGGUGAUUAAUGUGUUUGUCAAAGAGAAUGGCCCAAAAGGCGCUGCUAUUUGUAGUAUGGCUGCUGAAGAUCCAGAUUUGGGGGAAAAUGCUAAAGUAACAUAUGCUGUAAUUAAUGAAAACAGAGCAAAGGAUUUAUUUGUUACCAUUAACUCAGAAACUGGAGACAUUAUCAGUUUGCAGUCUUUUAACUAUGAGGAGCUAAAAACAUUUCAGUUUAAAGUUCAGGCCACAGACUCUGGUGUUCCUCCGCUCAGCAGCAACGUGACUGUAAAUGUUUUAAUCCUGGAUGAGAAUGACAACAGUCCCACUAUUCUGGCUCCUUAUUCUGAGCUCYGUUCUGUUAACAGUGAGACCAUCCCCUAUUCUGCUGAGGCGGGACAUUUUAUAACAAAGAUCAGGGCUGUAGAUGCAGAUUCUGGAUACAAUGCGCUGCUUUCUUAUCACCUGUCUGAGCCCAAAGGAAACAACCUGUUCAGGAUCGGAACCAGCACRGGGGAGAUCAGGACUAAGAGGAGAAUGAGCGACAACGACCUGAAAACUCACCCCUUGGUGGUGCUGGUUUCUGAUAACGGAGAACCUUCUCUGUCAGCUACUGUGUCUGUUGAUGUGGUGGUGGUUGAAAGCUCAGCUGACAUCCAGACUCCAUUCAGACACGUGCCUAUAAAGGAGGACAGCUUCUCUGAUCUCAACCUGUAUCUGCUGAUCGCCAUCGUGUCGGUGUCGGUGAUCUUUCUGCUGAGUCUCAUCAGUUUAAUAGCUGUCAGAUGCCACAGGACAGACGGCUCUUUCAGCAGGUACAGCGCCCCAAUGAUCACCACCCACCCUGARGGGAGCUGGUCUUACUCUAAAGCUACUCAGCAGUAUGACGUGUGUUUCAGCUCAGACACACUGAAGAGUGACGUAGUGGUUUUCCCCGCCCCGUUUCCACCUGUAGAUGGUGAACUCAUCAGUAUUAACGGAGGAGACACUUUUACCAGAACUCAGACUUUACCUACAUCAGA